CAGCGAAAGGCUGUGUUCUCUAGUUUUUUAAAAUACCGGACGAUGGACAAAGUGCAAAAACUUAAUAAUUCCGAGGGUCGUACACAUCGUUCGAAGCUACAACCCACAACCAUGUGCCCGUAAAGCAAAGUUGGCAACGAAAACGUUUUUAGUUUGAUGACUUAAGUUUAAGUAUACAGAAAGUGAAACGGAAGCCUUUGCUGUAGUAAUAUAAAGUGCACGAUAUCUAUAGUGUAACAUGAACUGCAGAAUUUUUGUAGAGUUUACAAAUGGCUCAUAUUCCACGGAUCUUAUAUUGUGGCGACACAAAAUUGUUCUACCAAUAUUACUAUUCCACAUUUCUCUGAAUCGAUCAGAGUAGCGUAGUCGCAGUGUAAUAAAAUGGAUCCAUGGUUGAGUGCUGGCAUUAGCGAAAGGGAGGGGAGACUAAUACAAAAGUUCGAAGACAAUUUCGAACCAAAUGACCGUCUUCCAGAUUCUGUCGAAUAUUUAGCAUCCUUAGAGAAAAAGCUGACACAGUUGAAGGAACGACAGAGCAAAAAAGAUCUCGUGCAAUCUCUCGAGGAAAAGCGUAAAUCUAGCAUGUUGAGGUUGGUGUCUGAAAACAGUAACACACCCGUUACCCAAGAAGACUUAGAUUUGGAUGCACCAGUUAAUAGUAACCAUCCUGCUCAUGUAUUUCUGAGACACAUCGCACCAGAGCGCCAAGCAGUUACUUUGGGUGAACUUGUUGAGCUUCUAAAAGCUGACCAGUUGGCAGAAAUUCUAGCAGAGGAAAAUAAUAGUAAUUGCAAUCCAGAUAAUUAAGUUGGUUCUAAAGUCAAAGUAAACCAUUAAAAUGGCAGAUUUGAAGAAACGUUUUUGGGGACAAAGAACCUACUGUUUGAUAACAGGUGCUAGCAGAGGAAUUGGACAGAAAUUUGCCACAGAGUUUUCACGCAGAUUUGCAGCCAACUCACUUUUGGUCCUCAUGGCUCGAUCUGAAUCAGGUUUAGUACAAACUAAAGAGCUUGUAACUAAUGCUAAUGCAGGUGUUACAACUAAGAUUUACUCAGUGGAUCUUAGUAAACCGGAUCCUGAGUUGUUUCUCAAUAUGAUACAGACUUCUCUUACAGAUUCUGGUUAUAAUCCUGCAGAUUUUGCUGUAUCUCUGAUAGUUCAUAAUGUAGGUUCAGUUGGGGAUGUAUCAGAAGUAACUUCUAAUAUGUCUUGCCCAGAGAAAUGGCAGGAGUACUUCUCUCUGAACCUCUUUUCAGUAGCUUGUCUCAAUUCCCAAUUUCUUAAGGUGUUCCCAGAAGGAUCCGUGAAACAGAGGACUGUUGUCAAUGUUACGUCCCUUUGUGCAACCAAACCAUUCAAGUCAAUGGGAUAUUAUUGUACUGGGAAAGCUAGCAGGGAAAUGUUCUUCAGAGUAUUGGCAGAAGAGAAUCCAUCACUUAAUGUUCUUAACUAUGCUCCUGGUCCAGUGGAUACAGACAUGUUAUUGGAAGUGAUAAGCAGCACUGGAGAUGCUGACAUCAAGGAAAUGUUUGUAAAUUUGAAGAAAACAGAAACAAUCCUAACUGUUGAUCAGACUACAGAGAGAAUUAUCAAAGUAUUGGAAAAUGGAAAGUUUGAAUCUGGACAGCAUGUGGACUAUUAUGAUGAGUGAUGUAUUUACCAAGUUUUGCACUGUUAAUGUAAACACAUUCCAACUGAAGGACAGUAACUAAUAAAGAAUAACUAUUUACUUGUAAUUCUGUUACAUUGUAGCAUGGAGGUUACUUUCCAAGAUGUAUUAUUUUAUUAUAAUAAAUAGUCAGAAAUUAUUACUGAGAGUAGUAGCUAAUGCAGUAGCACAUAUAGCAAUAUGGAAAGUUUCCCAUCCAAACUUUGCCUAUCAUAACAGGAUUUUAAAAGUUCCAAACCUUUGUCAGACCAGUGUACAUAGUCAUAUAAUCAGUGGUAAACAGGUCUGCAGUGAACAGUAUGAUUAACUGACACUCCAGACAACAAAUCUCUUCUUUUUCAUGUCACAAGCCAUGCCUACAACACCCAGUGUUUUAUACAAAUUGUGACUGAAAUCUGCCCUUCGUUAUUUCAAAAUUGGAACUCUUAAUGCAGUCGCUUCCUCAUAGCAUUGCAUCUUCUCACCUGACCUAUACAAUAUAUACUGCCCAUUAUGGUCUUUUUUAAUAUAAAUCUCUGGGUCUAAAUCCAGUCUCUUUCAGAAAGUUAUUGGUUUCAGUCAUAUGAAUGCAUCCAAAUUAUUUUGAUUAUCAGUUAAAUUAUGUUUUUUUCCCCCACCUAUUAUAUUUUACAUUUACCCUUCGCCGUGUUAUGCUUUACACACGCACACACACACACACAUAUAUAUAUAUACUAUUUGCAGAUGGAAAUAUGGCCGACCAUGCAAGAUAUGUAAAAUACCAGCAGUAGGAAAAUGUGGCCGGUAUCAUGUUCGUGUACUCAUACAAAAAGUCUUUCAAUUAAUUUUAACUGAUAUUGUCUGUUAUUUUUAACACUGAAACUUUUUAAUUGUGUUGGUAUUUUGGCCUACUCUCUAUUUCUAAUGGUAGAAAUCCCUUUAUGACAGCCUGUGUUUAUCAUACAUGUAAAAGUGUUUCCUUUGUAAUGUUGGCUUUAUUCGAUAUUAAAUUGUUGCACUUGA